AUGGUGAGCGUGUUUAGGAGUGGCAAAGGCAUAGCUGCACACACGUUUUGCAGUGUUGAUUACAAAAGAGAGAUGCGUCGAAAACGGUCGCGUGAUCACGACCAUGUGACAUUUGCAUCAAUGAAAGGUGGAUAUGUCAAGGAGUUUCCCUCUAAAAUUUGCAAGUAG